AUGGGACCAGUUGAAACCUUGCGCUCCAACCCGCAUCACAGGUCCCCCAAGCGUGGCAAAAGAAGAGUUGAGGUUUGGGAAGACCUUGAUCUUCACGACCAGCUGACGGUGUGGGCCAUCGGCCUAAGUGUGGCCAUUACAUUUCUUGAGGCAUGUUACAUAUCGAACGGAAGCGUCAGGCUGUUGUCGAAUUUGGCACAAGCAGUUUUCGCCAUCACAUUCUGCUCACUGCAAGGUUAUGGAUUCUACCUGUAUGCCCAGGAGCGAAACUCAUCGUAUUCAGAGAGUUUGCGACAGUUCUUUUUCGUGGAUCUGGAAGACACAGAUGCGAACUGGAAUAUGUGCGAUCUUGUGCUGAAUGCUGUCAGUAUCUUGGAUAUGUUCCUGGACACCUUCGAGGGAAGGUUUGUGCAUGCGCUUGCUGCCGUGCGGGUUGUGCGCAUCGUACGCCUUGUGCGCAUUGUUAGCCUAGUUCCACUACUCGGGCCCAGCAAGUUUGUGGAGGACUUCAGCAGGGUGUCACACAUGGCUGUUGAGCAGAUGUUUAACUUUUUGGUGGUAAUAUUGGCGUCUCUGCUGGUGCUUAGCGUUUGCGCAACAAAUAUGCUGUGGGACUUUCCUGAUGCAGAAGUCGCGGCAUGCUACGGCAACCUGGGUGCAACUAUGUGGACUCUGUUCAAGAUCAUGACCAUGGACGGUUGGAUAGAUAGGGUCGAGACGGUGAUGGUAGUCCAUCCGAACAUGUUGUACUUUUACGCGGUUUUCGUUUUUCUGUCACUUUCCUCCGUGUCCAUUGUGCCUGCAAUCUUCAUUGACAUACUUUUGGAAGACCUGCUGAAAACCCGAGACGAAGUGCGGCGAGAAGAGAAACGGCGGAAGCGAGCUCGGCGAGCAGCGCGACGGGGUGUCAAAGGAAAUUAUCAGAAGUACCACUCCUCCGAAGCCCUUUUGUCCGACUCUGUCCAUCAGAGCGCGGAGAGCCAGCCGAAAGCUGCUUGGCAAGACGACAUCUCCUGUCACUCGGAUUCGUCGCUCAGCUCGGGCAGCUCGGAUGCGGACCUGGCGGUGGAAACGAAGGCGAAAGAGGCGCCUCGCAGCUUUACAUCUGGCCAGCGCCAAAGCCAAAGCUACCAUCUCGUCAGCUCUGGUCCUCAGGACCAUGAGCUCCCGUUGCGAGAUCAUGCAUUCCAAGAGCUUCUGGACGAUGCGCUCGAAUCAGUGUCUCGGUGUGGCGAGCUCGCCCAACUCUCAUCAGAGCUGCAACUGAUUCAAUCGGGUCUCGAGGCACACCUUCAAGGCCUCCUCAAAAAGCUGACAGCCGGAGUCGGCUCUGAGCCUUCCGCCAGGUGGCCAGAGCAAGGCUCAGUCAAGAAAGUGAGCGUCUGCACUUCUUCGGAGACGCCCGCAUUGAGACUGCCGCCUGGAAGACCCGCCGGCUCCGCCUAUGGCUUGGCUCCGCCUGGUGAUCGCGAAACUGAUCACCAAUCGGGCCCGUCACGCCCGACGGCCGUGAUCUUGGAGCGUUCGAGCUGCUUGGGCCAAAGGAUGGAUCCCGAAGAUGGAUUGUCUGCAGCCCCCAUCUGA